AUGUCCCCCACGCGUCCCCCGCUGCCCCCGCCAGGAGCCCGAUGCGAGGCCAACACCUUUGACGGCGAGCGCUGUCUCUACGGGGCGCUGAGCGACGCCAUCCGCCGGGCGCUGCGCGACUAUAAGCAGGUGUCAGCCGCCUGUCGCAGGCGCGAUUACUACGACGACUUCCUGCAGCGGCUCCUGGAGCAGGGCCUGCACAGCGACGUGGUCUUCCUGGUCCACGGGAAGCCGUUCCGGGCGCACCGUUGCGUCCUGGGCGCGCGCAGCGCCUACUUCGCCAACAUGCUGGACACCAAGUGGAAGCGCAGGAGCGUCGUCGUGCUCCGGCACCCGCUGAUCAACCCCGUGGCAUUCGGGGCCCUGCUGCAGUACCUGUACACAGGCCGCCUGGACGUGGGCGUGGAGCACGUCGGGGACUGUCAGCGUCUGGCCAAGCAGUGCCAGCUCUGGGACCUGCUGGGCGACCUCGAGGCCGAGUGUGAGAAGGUCUCCGAGUUCGUGGCCUCGAAGCCGGGCACGUGCGUCAAGGUCGUGAGCAUCGAGCCCCCGCCGGGGGACCCCCGGCUCCGGGAGGACAUGGCCGCGCUGGCCGACCGCGCGCUGCCGCCCGAGCUCCGGGGUGACCUCGGGCAGCUGCCCUUCCCCUGCCCCGACGGCUUCGGCAGCCGCCCGGACGUCUGCUUCCGCGUGGCCGGCUGCAGCUUCCUCUGCCACAAGCGGCUGUGCGGCCGCAGCCUGGCGCAGCUGCUGGACGAGGACAGCGUGGUCCGCGUGUGGCGCGUGGCCAAGCUCUUCCGCCUGGCGCGGCUCGAGGACCAGUGCGCCGAGUUCAUGGCCAAGGUCGUCGACAAGCAAUCCCCCUGGUCCCGCGACAUCUACCCGCAAGCAGGGCCAGCCUCCUGCCCCACGCAGAUGGGGGCUCUGUCACCCCUCUGUCCCCCAAUGCCGGGAGGCCAAAGCCUCAGCCUUCUCGGCGCUGGGCCUGGCCUCUACCCUGCAGCCCGUCACCCCCCCUGCACGCUGCUGCUGCUGACCCGGUCUCCACCCCUCCGAUCUGCUCUCUGCCUCAACUGCCUUCCCCGCUCCGGUGUGCCCGUCACCUGCCCGCAUCUGGGGGGGGCGGCUUCCCUCCUUGCCCCUUCCGUGGGCUCCUGUCCCCGACCCCGAACCAGCGUGACCCAGCCCGUGACCUCCUCCCUGCCCAGGUACCUGCUGGAGCAGCGAGACGUGGAGGUGAACGUCAGGGACAAGUGGGACAGCACCCCCUUGUACUACGCCUGCCUGUGUGGGCACGAGGAGCUGGUGCUCUACCUCCUGGCCAACGUCCCCGGCCGUGUGGCAUCGGCGUCACCGGCCUCCCCACGCCGGCACGCCUGUGUGCCGACGAUCACGGCCACCUCCGUCUGCAACCUGCCCCCCGAGGCGGCCUGCGACGUGCUGGCCGCGGCCGACAUGUUCCUGCUGCCCGGCCUGAAGCGGCUGUGCGGCCGCAGCCUGGCGCAGCUGCUGGACGAGGACAGCGUGGUCCGCGUGUGGCGCGUGGCCAAGCUCUUCCGCCUGGCGCGGCUCGAGGACCAGUGCGCCGAGUUCAUGGCCAAGGUCGUCGACAAGCUGGUGGCGCGCGAGGACUUCGCGGAGGCCGUGCGGGAGGAGGCGGCGGCCGUGGCGGCCCGGCAGGAGACCGACUCCAUCCCGCUGGUGGACGACAUCCGCUUCCACGUGGCCGGCACCGUGCAGACCCGCAGCGCCGUGGAGGAGGCCCGGCGGCGGCUGCGGGCGCUCGAGGACCUGCUGGCCUCCAUGGGCCUCGACUGCUGAGGCCUGCGGCCGCCGGGUGCGCCCCAGGGCCGGGGCUGCCUCGGGGACAAGCGUGUGUGCGCGUAUGUGUGUGCCUGUGUGCGUGUGUGCGUGUG